UUCUUUUUUUUAUUGAGAGAAAACUCUUUUAUAGAACUGUAUUAUAAACUAAUAUUCCACAGCUUUGAAUCACAUUACAAUUGUAUUUACAAGGUCAUUAUGUUGGCAAAACUGAAAUUUCCAGUUUAUAAAAAAUAAUUCGUUGCGGAUGGUUCAGGCAUUAAAUCAAAAAGCUUCCGUUCGCGCUACGCGGCACACAAAAUGGCGUAACGAAUACACAUCAGUUAUCGUCAGUUACCGUACUUUAUUAUCGAAAAUGUGCCUUCUUUCACUGGAUUAAAGUCUAAAUACAUUCUUGGUAGAAAAUUUGGAAAUAGUUAACGGUACUGGUCAUUAGUAUGAGGAUUUUAAUCAUUUUACUAUGCCUAGUUACUUCAAUUACAUCACAAAACGGUAACGACAUUGUGGACAAGCUAGUCAGCGCGCUGAAAACAAAUGAUUACAUAUCAAAAGAAAUCGAUCCAGCUCAUUUAGGUGGAUACGAAUCCGAUAAUUUCAAGGCUACUAAUAUAGUUGUAAAAGGUCUGAUAAACAUGAAUAGAAUGGGAAAUUCUAGUUGGAAAAUCGAUGAUAGUUAUGAAAGUAUUAAUUUGAAUGCAAACUUAAUGGCGAAUGACCUUAAAAUUUUAUUAGAUUACAAUUUUAAAUUGCUGCUUGUCCCGUUCUCCGGAAUUAUGAGAUUUAAUGUGGAGCAGAUAGUUGCCGAAAUUAUUUUAAGCACCAACAUACGUCCUAUACAACCCAGAUUAGAUUUAUUCAGUAUUAACGAUGUUCAAGGUUUGAAAAUUGAGGAAAUAACUGGAUUUAAACCUUUAAAUUGGUUCGCAAAAUUUGUUAUGGAUCGUGUUGUGCAUAGACUUAUUCCAAGAGUAAAGACUGUCGUUAACGAGAAAGUUACCGUUAUCAUUAAUGAUAAUUUACCACUGCUUACCGAGGUUGUAAAGAGUGUCAUGUAA